GGUGUCAGCGAUGCAACUUCACCAUAUUUAGCUCCGCAGAGUUGAUCUGUCAUCCAGACCGAAAAUUCGAACUCUUGUCGGCGCAUUCUCCCUGGAGUUGACAGCUUUAUUUUUCUACUAAAACAACGUCUACAGACUAAGGUGUCGUUUUGGAUAUGCUGCUACAUAAACCGAAUCGUGUCACGGGUUGUUUUUAACGCCACUAAACUACCUACCGUCUGUCAGAAGAACUAUAUCCACCAGCGGAGCCAGUAGAAGCUAAUUACCGACGGCGCUAACCCGACUGUCGCUUGCCUUUACCGUCGACACGAAUUUAUGUCGUUCAUUUUACGCACCGGUUUUUGCUAGUUAUUCAUCUGAACCAACUGAAGCCGCUGUGAUGAUAUCCUGACAGCACCUCAGUUCUACUCCAGACACUUUCUAAUCCUGGGCUAGCGAGCUAACGGGGCUAACUAGCUGCCAGUAGCCGCAGCCGUGGCACUUGCUCCCCCACUGGAUACGUGCGUAAAAGUGGGGACGCGGAACAGCCCCAACCGGUGAAGCUACACCGUUACCACCGCUACCGACGAGGGGGGAACAGAGAGAGAGCAGGGGGCAAGAGGGCGUUAAGCCGAAGGUUGAACGGAGGCAGAGUGCAAGAUAUUUGACAAGUGUGAGCCGGGAGUGAACCGGGCACAGACCUCAUGAAUGGAAAUCGGAACUACAGGAGCCGUGGGGGCCCAGUCCCUGUUCUCCAUGCCUCGGCGGCCUGGCUAUGGCACCAUGGGGAAGCCCAUCAAGCUGCUGGCCAACUGCUUCCAGGUGGAGAUCCCCAAGAUGGAUGUCUACCUGUACGAGGUGGACAUCAAGCCUGACAAGUGCCCCCGCAGGGUCAACAGGGAGGUGGUGGACUCCAUGGUGCAGCACUUCAAAGUGACCAUCUUUGGGGACAGAAGGCCAGUAUACGAUGGGAAGAGAAGCUUGUACACGGCCAAUCCACUCCCUGUGGCACCAGCUGGGGUGGACUUGGAUGUUACGUUACCAGGAGAAGGAGGCAAGGAUCGGCCGUUCAAAGUUUCCAUCAAGUUUGUGUCUUUGGUGAGCUGGCACAUGCUCCAUGAGGUGCUGACCGGACGCAGCAUGCCUGAGCCUCUGGAACUGGACAAGCCCAUCAGCACAAACCCCGUACAUGCUGUGGAUGUGGUUCUACGACACCUCCCUUCUAUGAAGUACACUCCAGUAGGCCGCUCCUUCUUCUCUGCUCCUGAGGGCUACGACCAUCCUCUGGGAGGGGGGAGGGAGGUGUGGUUCGGCUUCCACCAGUCUGUGAGACCCGCCAUGUGGAAGAUGAUGCUCAAUAUCGAUGUAUCUGCGACGGCUUUCUACAAGGCCCAGCCCGUCAUCCAGUUUAUGUGUGAAGUCCUUGACAUCCACAACAUAGACGAGCAGCCACGCCCCCUCACAGACUCCCACAGGGUCAAAUUCACCAAAGAAAUCAAAGGUUUGAAAGUGGAGGUGACGCACUGUGGAACCAUGCGGAGGAAGUACCGUGUCUGCAACGUGACCCGCCGGCCCGCCAGCCACCAAACGUUCCCUCUGCAGCUUGAGAAUGGCCAGACAGUAGAACGCACAGUAGCCCAAUACUUCAGAGAGAAGUACAGCCUGCAGCUUAAAUACCCUCAUCUACCCUGUCUCCAAGUGGGCCAGGAGCAGAAGCACACCUACCUGCCUUUAGAGGUGUGUAACAUUGUAGCGGGCCAGAGGUGUAUCAAGAAACUGACAGAUAAUCAAACUUCCACUAUGAUCAAAGCCACUGCCCGCUCUGCUCCAGACAGACAGGAGGAGAUCAGCCGCCUGGUGCGCAGUGCCAACUACGAGUCGGACCCAUUUGUGCAGGAGUUCCAGUUCAGAGUGCGCGACGAGAUGGCCCACGUGACGGGGCGAGUGCUACCCGCCCCCAUGCUGCAGUACGGCGGCAGGGUGAGCACUGAGCACUUUAUGAACCGCACAGUGGCCACGCCCAGCCAUGGAGUGUGGGACAUGAGGGGCAAGCAGUUUCACACCGGAGUGGAGAUCAAGAUGUGGGCCAUAGCCUGCUUUGCCACACAGAGGCAGUGCCGAGAAGAGAUCCUCAAGGGUUUCACAGAUCAGCUGCGUAAGAUCUCCAAGGAUGCUGGGAUGCCAAUCCAGGGCCAGCCUUGUUUCUGUAAAUACGCACAGGGAGCAGACAGUGUGGAGCCCAUGUUCAGACACCUCAAAAACACAUACUCUGGACUGCAACUCAUCAUCGUCAUCCUCCCAGGAAAAACUCCUGUCUAUGCGGAGGUGAAGCGUGUGGGCGACACUCUGCUGGGCAUGGCCACACAGUGUGUUCAGGUGAAGAAUGUGGUGAAGACGUCUCCUCAGACCCUCUCCAACCUCUGCCUCAAGAUCAACGUCAAGCUGGGAGGCAUCAACAACAUCCUCGUCCCUCAUCAGCGGCCAUCAGUGUUUCAGCAGCCAGUCAUCUUCCUGGGAGCAGAUGUCACACACCCCCCUGCUGGAGAUGGGAAGAAGCCUUCAAUUGCAGCUGUAGUGGGCAGUAUGGAUGCCCACCCCAGCAGGUACUGUGCCACUGUGCGUGUGCAGAGGCCACGGCAGGAGGUCAUCCAGGACCUGGCCUCUAUGGUGCGAGAGUUACUCAUCCAGUUCUACAAGUCCACGCGAUACAAGCCUACCAGGAUCAUCUUCUAUAGGGACGGAGUGUCAGAGGGACAGUUCAGACAGGUGCUGUACUACGAGUUGCUGGCCAUCCGUGAAGCCUGCAUCAGCCUGGAGAAGGAAUACCAGCCGGGCAUCACCUACAUUGUUGUGCAAAAACGCCACCACACGCGCCUCUUCUGUGCCGACCGAAACGAAAGAGUUGGACGCAGUGGAAACAUUCCUGCUGGUACUACAGUGGACACGGACAUCACACAUCCUUAUGAGUUUGACUUUUACCUCUGCAGUCACGCUGGGAUACAGGGCACCAGCCGACCCUCCCAUUACCACGUCCUGUGGGACGACAAUUGCUUCACGGCUGAUGAGUUCCAGCUGCUGACCUACCAGUUGUGCCACACGUACGUGCGCUGUACCCGCUCUGUAUCCAUCCCUGCACCCGCAUACUACGCCCACCUGGUGGCCUUCCGCGCCCGCUACCAUCUGGUGGACAAGGAACAUGACAGCGCUGAAGGCAGCCAUGUGUCUGGUCAGAGCAACGGCCGGGACCCUCAGGCGUUGGCCAAAGCCGUGCAGAUCCACCAUGACACCCUGAGGACCAUGUACUUCGCCUGAGAUGUCCUCACCUCCUCCUCAUCACCACCACAUCCAAACACUCACUCGCUCUCAUACUAGCGCGCCUGUCUGGUCCUGUGAAGCAGCUCUCAUCCCUUUACGCCUACGUCAAUCCGGACCGGACACUGUGCAGAGGAGAGCAGGGAGGAGGGGCCCCCACACUGGACUGGAGAAUGCAAAACGUGGCUUUAAAAACGACAUACGAGACAAACUCAGCACUAUUAUGCAAUUUUGAACCAGCCAACCAGAUUCCCACCAUUUUUGCACCCCUCCGAUCUGUUUCGCCCAUCCGUUUGUCGCUUUGUGGUGCUUGUUUUUGUUCGCGUGACAUCCUUUCUUUCCAAACUGUAUUUAUCGCAAUCUCUCUGUAGUGAAUCUGCUCCAUUGCCAUCAAUAGUAUGAGCAGCAUUUUUAUACUUUUGUUUUAGCGUGUGUUGUUUUGUUUUUUUUGUUUGUUUUUUUCAAAACAAAGCAGAGAAUGCAAAAGAGUCUAGAGCCAGAAAUAUUUAACUGUCACAUCAUUGUUUAUUUUCUAUUUGAUAUUCUUCUUUGUAUUUCUUUUGAGCGCACUGCCACCUGUUGGUUAUGAGGUAAAAAUGCCCCAAGCUGUCUGGUAAGGUCUCAGACAAGAUUCUUUUAGCUGUUUUUUUUCCCCCUUUUUAAAUGGGGCACAGUGGCUGAUAUAUGAAUUCUCGCCUCUUCUUUUUCACACUGUUGUUGUAAUUCAAUAUCUUUGGUAUUAUGUGAAGCAUUUUAAUUCAAUAUUUAAUCUUUUCAAGCCUAGAUCCUUUUAGUAUUCGUUUCCUGCUAUGCUUUCUUUUACUCAAUUAUAUGGUGAGUCAGUGCAACACAAUAGUUUUUCUCUAGUGCAAUAAUCAGAAUGAAGGGAAGAGUAAUUCUUGGGGACUUAAACGGUUACAGAAACAUUUCAUUUUAAAGCAGAUUUUGUAAAGUAUAUGGCCUUGAUUAUAAAUGCUGACGGUGAAUUAUUUUUUAUUGUACUUGAAGGACUUUCUAUUUCGACAAUAUUACUUUGUUAACGGGCAUAUUGCGGAAAUGUUAUUUGAAGAUUUUACCUAUGAUACUGGUGUAAGGUUUAUAAAGAUUAGUAUUCAAGUGCCUGGUGGAUUUUAAGCAUUUAACGGUCAGUCCGAUUCUAGUAAUAAUAAAUGGGUAUCUAGUGUGCUAUAUACAACUGACAGUACUAAAAAUUUCUGUAGAAUCAUUUAUUUAUCUAUUAUAUUUAUUAAUUUAACCAAUGUUAGUGCUACGUAAAAGCAGCAUUUAAAUCUAGCUUCUCAACGUGUGUACUCCGCUGCUAUCAUGGGCUUUGAGGCAGUCCAAUUCUAGGCGUGUAUUUUUCAACUACUAAGCGAAAGUGCAUCUAGAUUGAGAACAAAGUACGUGAUUGAGCUGCAGAAACCGUAAACUCAAAAGUGGAGAACUGUGCUGCCGAAGAUCAUCUCUAGUUGUGAUGUUUUUAACACGUGAAACUGCACUAAAAGAAGCGUGUUUCAGGAGGGAACACAGGUGUGGUGCUAUACUUCAGUCUGAAUCUGAAUCGCUCUGAGCAGGACAAUGUUCUUUAGAGGCUUGGUGGGUGCUACUCCUCAGUCACUAAGCAUCACUGGAGGAUAGGGUAGGUGUACUUUGUGGCCAGUAGUUUUGGAUAAGCUGAAAAAACUAAUUUGAAAAUGAGCUGAAUUUGUCUUAAAAUUGUAGAUCUAUGUUUAAAUCCUGCACAACUGGCAGGAAAUCCCAUUAACAUAAUUCAAAAGUCUAAUAAUGCUGCUUCCAGUAGGAUGUUAAGAAUGAAUCCUUAGAGCACUGUACUUUUCAUAUGCGCAAAUGUGUAUAAUUGCAAAUGCAUUCAUUUAAAUUUGAUAGAAAACGGGUUCAAGAUCUUCUGAAAUUAUAACAAGAUGAAUGGAAAUCGCAGUUUUUAUCUUAUGUUGGAAAAAAAACUGCUAACCUGCUCAGAUUUGCUUCUCAGAAAAUUUCCUAUUUGAUAUUUUUCCAUAAUUGUAGUAAAUACAUUUACAUUUUUCCUCAUGGCACAAACCCAUUGGCCAAAAAGUACAUGUACCGUCCCAUUGCUGGAUUUGUUAUUUUGCAGUUAUGCUACAACAGAGCCACAUGGGGGCGUUCUCACCUCUGUAGCCCCUUCUGCGCCGUCAUUAGCUAGCCCUCCAGCAUAGAAACCAGUGGCUCCCCCUAGUGUCCUGAUGCCUUUUUGAAAAGCCAGAUAGGUGGAAAGUAUAUUUGUACAUUUUAAAUUAUGUGAUGCACACCACUUAUUUUUGCUAAUAGAAAAAAAUACCUUAAUGUUAGUUAUCAGUGUAUAUCAUAAGUAUAAAAAAAAAGAUCAAGUUUUAUUACUGCAAUAGACUGUUCCUGUGUCGCUGUAUAGCAUUUGGUGGGUUGUUGAAAGUAGCCGUGCGUGUUUGGACUUCCGUACUGUUACUGAUAUAGGGAUGUGGACUUAUGUUUUUGAAAUGUAUCUUUUUUUCGUGCAGCCCAUUAUUUGUUAUAACAGAGAGAAGUGUGGUUUCAACUUUUGUACAAGGCCUUUAAAAAACUGACUGUGUUGACAAUAAUAGUUCCAAGUGGACAGCACGAGUGAGAAUCUACACUUUGAAUGUCAUUUUUUUUUUCCUUAAAUUGGUGCUGAAGCUCGCUCCUUAUUGGUCCAAGUGCUUUUGAAAAUAGACUGACGUGAUCAAUGCAAACUGCGUCGAAGCUAGUAGUUGUUGCUUUUCUUUUUAGAGAAUUUAGGCCAGAUCUCUGCCUUGUUGCCACUUCAUAGAAAGAGUAGAAAUGUUCCUCUGUGCUUUGACGAAGUCUGUAUAUCGUAUUGUUGCUCUUCGUAUCUGUACUGUUUUGUUUUACAAGGCCCUCAUGCCAAAAGUGGGCUACAUUCCACAGCUAUAGAAUCCCAUCCAUUUUUUUAAAGAGAGAGAUAAGUUAGUGGUCAGUAAGUGUGGUCAGUCAGAUGUUAUGAGGUGGUGUUAUGUUGCAAUGCUUGUUCUCUCUCUGCUGUGCCUAAAGGGUGUUGGGGUGAAGGCUCUUGAACACAUGUUUACAUAGCAGAUGUGUUGGCCUCGUGGGGUAUUCAGUGUCAGCGAACAGCUUUUGUGAGUAUUUUCCAAGUGUAGUUAGGAGUCCGAUGGAAGUGGCAUUGUCAAAGAAAGGAGAUAUUGCUCAGUUAGCUGUGGGGGGAAGCAGCAGGGUCAAAAGUCCACAGGAAGUGCCUUUCUCUCGAUGGUGCUGUCAAUUGAACGAUAAAAUGUCAAAUCAAACAAUUCUCCUUUUCAGUAACAUUUUGCAGCGUAGAUUGAACUGUAUAAUGCACUCACUGUACAUUAGUUUUCUUGGCACAGGUGUAACAGAGUUGAACGCUAAUUUGUGUUUCGUAUAAUGGAGCUGAAUGUUAAUUUUUUGCUUCAUGUAACGGAGUUGAAUCCUAACUCCCGUUUCAUGUAACGGAGUUGAAUCCUAACUCCCGUUUCAUGUAACGGAGUUGAAUCCUAACUCCCGUUUCAUGUAACGGAGUUGAAUCCUAACUCCCGUUUCAUGUAACGGAGUUGAAUCCUAACUCCCGUUUCAUGUAACGGAGUUGAAUCCUAACUCCCGUUUCAUGUAACGGAGUUGAAUCCUAACUCCCGUUUCAUGUAACAGAGUUGAAUCCUAACUCCCGUUUCAUGUAACAGAGUUGAAUCCUAACUCCCGUUUCAUGUAACAGAGUUGAAUCCUAACUCCUGUGUUCAGUGUACCGGAGUUGAAAGUCAACUUAUGUUUCAUGUAGCGGAGUUGAAAUGUUAGCUUGUUUCAUGUAGUUGUAACUUGUGUGAAGUUGGAUAAAACAGCGGAGUUGUCAUGGUGGAGGUUCUGCUAUUGCUUUUAGUUCCUUGGACCGAACGGUAGCGCUGGUACAGGAGUACGCUUUAUGGGGGGUGCUGGGGACGAAGCUGACACUAGUGUGUUCUGCCACAGCCCUGCUCACAAAUGACAAAACUUAGCACAGCACUUUAGAGACUGCCACUUUUACACACACAAAGCCAAGUCCCUCCAGAACUCACCUCACCAGACCAAGUCCCCCCAAACUACAGUCACUCAGCGGAAGUGUGACCCGCCCCCGUGCUCUUUGGGCUUUCCUCGGUUCUAAAUGUCAUGUAUUACAGCUAGUGCAGUGGAACUCAAGAUGUCCACAUUUUUUAUCUUUUUAAAAUGUUGAACUAAAAACUUCCUGUAUUAUUCAGUUGAAGGUGAGCCAAGCCAUUGGCUUCAUGAGUUAUUAAAAUGAGUACUAUUGCCAUUACAAUUAACAAUCCAAAAAUUCUAAGUUGUUGAAUUGUAAAAAAAAAAAAAAAAAAAGUGGACCCAAAACAAGAAAAUCCAUAAAAACAAUAUUGUGCGAAUGGGUUUCAGGUUGCAUUGCUCUGAAAUGUUGCAAAAUUGCUAAUCCUUUUGUCAGUUAUAGACCCACUAGCUUUAAACCAUGGCAUUUUAUUGUAUGAACCGGUUGCUAUUUGAGUCCAGGGUGUCUGUAUAAUCAAGGUAGAUCCAUGGGUAACUCUUCAGUUCGGGCAAAGGGGGGUCUUAUUUUUACAAGAGAUCUCAAAACACUGCACCUCACUUACCUUGGUAUGCUGCAUAUGUUAAACUACAUGACAAAAAUCCUUCAAAUUGCUUUUACAUAUAAUGCUUGAGUAAUGCCUGAUUGCGAUAUUCUUAUACUAUUUUAGAAAUAACUGUAAGAUAUUCUGUUUUGUCUUAACAUUUAUCCGAUUUUGAGAAAUUGUUCUUGAGCCGACUUUUUUUGUUGUCCUAUUUAAAUGUGUUGUUCUAUAAGUAUAUAUGAAAACUAUAUAUAUUCGGAAUAUUUUAUGGUGUAUUUAUUGAGUAUACGCGGCUGGAGUCUCCGCAUCACAUACUAGCUUGCAUAUAGCGUGGAAGGGGCGGAGCCAACAGGAAGCGGCCUUAGCCCCUCCCCCUCCAUGUUGACGCCUUACAGAUACACAAGCACAAAAACAUGGAGGGGGGCGGAGUCGAGGGGUUGACAAACAGAGCCAAAAGUUCACUGCUCAUUUCUCCUUUAAAUGUUUCAAACGUUUACCGAGAACGCCUUUCCCACCAAACACAGCACUAUUUGUAUGUUCACAUGCAACUAGAACAAAUGAAACCCAUCUGAAACAUUACCUAAUCACUAUGGAAACCAGAUGAUGCCAAAACACUGCAAAAAAUUAAAUAUGGGUUAAUGAGUUAUUUUUGGAGGACUCUGUUAUAAUCUGAAAUAAAAUGACUAAUUUGAGUUUGAACUAGUUGGACUAGUUGGAGUUACUUUAUUUAACCUAGAUUAUUUGAGCUCUGUUUUUGAUUUGUACUUUGCCUUAUAUUUUAGGCAAAUAAAUUUUUUGUUGGAAUUAAAAAUAUAAAAAACAAAUUAUUCUGAAACCAGGUUGUGAAACAAAUCAAAUAAUGUCAACUUAAUGUCAUCUCUUGCUAAAUAUUCAUUUUUUGCAGUGAGUGAAUGCUAGCUAACAUUUUUGAUAAGCUAACAUAAUUUCUCUUUGUUUAUUUCCUCCAACUUUUUAAAAUUUCCCAUCUGGAUUCUAAAAAAUUAAAACAAAAUUACAAAUAAAUUGAUAAUUCUAACUGCAUGUAAACAUACCGUCUCCCUAGCUAACGGCUAAUCAUGCUAAUAGCCAAAUUAGCCAUGUCAAUUCCUGAACUCUGUAAGGGAGCAUUUAAAAGUGGAAGGCUAUUUUCUGUGUCACAAAUGUUUAUGAAUUGCUUAUUAAACGUAACUAUGAUUUCUAUAAUUUCAUUUACAAAAACAGGAACUGGUCUCAUUCCACUAUAUAGAAGAUAAAACAUGCCUCAACCUUAAGUGCUUUUCAGAUUACUAUGUGACUCUGCAAAUGCCUAACUACAAAACCUACGUACUUGACCUGUCCACAUUGUCCACUGGGUUUCACUUAAACAAACCACUAAUAUCGCUGCUGAUCUACUCAAAACUGUAUACGUUCAAAAUUUUAAUAACAAUUUCUGUAAACUAAUAAUAAUUUGACUUGGUACGUAUUGUGUUGUGUGUUUCAUGUAUUCUAGCCAUAUUUCUGGUUCAUUUUUCCCAUUUUGUUUCCUAAUUGGGCUUAUACACUUUAAUUCUACUUUAUAUUUUGUUUGUUUUUUUACCCAAAAGCGGGAGAACUGUGCCUGUGUCAUGAAUCAAUGUGAGUACAAAUGCUGUAUUUUUGGCUUUAAUUAUCGUUGAUCUGACAAAACAAAAUAACUUUUCAAUCCAAAUAAUUUGAAAUUUGUAUUCUGACAGUAACGUGUUUAAUUUUAGCAUUCCGUCUUCAAAUAUUGCAAAUAAGAGAUUAGUCCCGUGCCGCCAUGUUUGGUCUACAGUGGUUUUCAAGGCAAGUGUCUGAUAGUGGCCAAGGACCUAAUAGAGUUUUUUGACAGUUUUUCAACAAUGUAGCAUGACUUGUGAUUUCAGUCUUAUUUGACCGGAUGCACCUGAACGCAUCACCAUUACGUUACAAAGGCUCUGUAACACUGGCGGUUUGAUUCCUUUCACUUUUCACUACACGUUUCUUUUUGUAUCUGACUGUUGUUGGCCUUUUAGUGUUGCUUUGCUUCAGUUUGAAGUGUAUCUUUGACUAAUACUUGCAAUAAAAUGCCUUGCUUUACCUCA